AUGACACAAUUGACAAGGAAAGGAGUAAAGCUUAAAUGGAUAGAUACGUGCGCAGAGCUUUCAGGAGCUAAAACGAUAAUUGAUUUAAGCACCCAUCACAAAAAAGUGAUUACCUAUGCAUCAAGGCAAUUGAAACAACAUGAACUGAACUACCCGAUGCAUGAUCUAGAACUUGCUGCAAAGGAAUUGAAUAUGGGACAGAGACAAUGGUUGGAACUUGUAAAUGAUUAUGAUUUUGGAGUUGAUCAAGGACUUGGAGAAUUUACGAAUCGAAAUGGUUGCCACACCAGAAGAAAGGACUUUAGAAUAGCUUCAGAUAGGGCUAUGAUGUUUAAAGGAAAGAUUUGUGUACCUAAGGAUGAAGUUUUGAGGAAGAAAAUAUUGGAGGAAGCUCAUAUCACUCCAUACACUGCACAUCCUGGUGGUACAAAAAUAACAUCAAAGACCGACAGAGUUGUUAAAUCCAUUGGAUAUAUCAGAAUGGAAGUUGGAGAAUAUCGCAAUGGACUUUGUGGUAGGAUUUCCGAGAUCAGCAGGAGGGCACAAUGGUAUAUGGGUAAUAGUGGAUGGUCUAACGAAGUCUGCUCAUUUUCUUCCGGUGAAAUGACAUUCAAUUUAGAUCAGGUGGCACGGUUGUACAUUAAAGAGAUCAUAAGAUUGUAUGGUUCCCCCAUAUUCAUUGUGUCUGGCAGAGAUUCGAGAUUUACAUCUAAGUUUUGGAAGAGCUUGCAAGUGGCUAUGGGAACGAAAUUGAAUUUCAGUAUGGCAUAUCACCCUCAAUCCGAUGGUCAAUUUGAAAGAACCAUUCAGACUUUGGAAGAUAUGUUAAGAGCCUGUGUUUUGGAUCUAGGAGGCAAUUGGGAAUUGUAUUUACUUUUGGUGAAAUUUGCAUAUAAUAACAAUUUCCAAGCAACUGUUGAAAUGAUCCGCACUAGGAUAAAAGCAGUGCAAGACAGACAAAAGAGCUAUGCAGAUAUUAGAAGAAAGGACUUGAAGUUUCAAGUUGGAGAUAAAGUCUUUUUAAAAGUGGUACCAAUAAAGGGUGUACUUAGGGUCGGAAGUGUGGCUUAUCAAAUAGCUUUGACGCCCGAACUAUCAGCAGUUCACAAGGUAUUUCACAUAUCAAUGAUCAAGAAGUAUAUGCAUGAUCCUGAUCACGUGGUCAAUUAUCAAUCCCUAGAUGUGCGUAAAGAUUUAUCUUAUGAGGAAUUAUCAAUUAGAAUACUAGAUCGAAGGGUACAUAAAUUACGGAGCAAGGAGAUUCAGCUGGUCAAGUACUACUAUAAUUUGAAUGAUCAUUCUCCGGCUCUACGUGUUAUGAUAACGCUAUAG